GAUAUGUUCCUGUCAGAUGAUCCUCAUUUCAUUCUAACAAUAACUCAAGAGGAUGUUCAACAGUGACUGCUAAAAUUAGACGCUUGGAAAUCAGGGCUGAAUAAUUGUUGAAGAAAAGCUGGUUAAGGGAUUCUGCAUCAGUGGAACUGGGAAAAGUCUUGAAAAGAAGCUCUGCUAUGCUGGGAGAAAGGUAUUGCAGAGGCAGGUUCCAGAGGCACAGCAAAGGAGCUCUAGGUCUUCCAGCCUGCCGUCAUUUCAAGACAAAGCUGUAAAAUGACUGAUCCUGGAAUUCACUAAUAAGUCAGUAAAAGUGUUGUAAUACUCAGCAUUGCUCAAUGGGCUUUAUCCAAAGCAGAGCCCACCAAUGGAAGCAGAGGCUCUUUGAAUGCACUGCAAGCUGGCUAAGGAAGGAAACAGCUGAUUUAAUACAUCCCCCCUUUCUAUAAGCUGUGUCACUGACCAGUGAAGAGCAGCAAACCCAGGACCCAGUCUCAGACCUGGCCUGCUAGUGGUCUGAUUUUACAGCUGCUUCCUGCAAAAAAAACCAACGCCCUGGACGGGAAGCCUGGAGGACCAAAGACUCUUUCAGGACCAUCCUGAGACCCUUGAUCGCUUUGAAAAGUUCAAAGGCCUGAAGACCCCUGAUGCGAUGAAGGGCUCUGAAGAUCUGAAGAAACAUGGAGUUACUGUUCUUACCCAGCUGGGCAAAAUCCUGAAGGCGAAGGGUAAUCAUGAGGCUGAGUUGAAGCCUCUGGCUCAGACCCAUGCAACCAAGCACAAAAUCCCUGUCAAAUAUCUGGAGUUCAUUUCUGAAGUCAUUAUCAAGGUCAUUGCCGAAAAACACGCUGCAGACUUUGGGGCUGAUGCCCAGGCUGCAAUGAAGAAGGCUCUGGAGCUGUUCCGAAAUGAUAUGGCCAGCAAGUACAAGGAGUUUGGCUUCCAGGGCUAGCACAUACGCACAAAGGAACACCACGAUGGAGCGCCUGGCCACGCAUCUUUCCCCAGCACUAUUCUGGACAUCUCACAAUUGGCCAUCUCUGAUGUGUGGGAAAGCUUUGAUGAGAGGCCAAGAGUCACUCCAGGCAGCAUAGAGGCACCCAGAGUGAUACCCAUGAUAAACUGUUGUUUCCUGGCUUCGUGCAUACAAAAGAAAUAUCCUGCUUUCUUAGGAAAAA